UCUAUUCAUAAAUUCACACGCGUUCCUUAUUAAUGGGAGGCGAACGUUACGUGAGUCUACGAUUGGUGGUUCAUUCGCUCCAUUUUUCAUACUGCAGAAAUAUAAAAUAUGUACUUUGCGACCAAGUAUCUUUAUAAUUGAAUCACUUUGUGUACAUUUCAAUGUUAGAGUUAAUUUAGCAACUUAAAUUAAAGCACAUAUACUAAACGUGAGCUCGUGUUCCAAAAGAAACCCAUAAACUAUAGUUAAUGCAAAGAAUGAAAGUGCAAACAUAUACAUACACACCAAAGUGAAAAAUACCCACACAUCGGUAUACAUAUUUAGUGAUGAAGCGAAUUAAAAAUUGCAAUUCAAUUGAUAAUGAAAUACAUGCAUAUGUAAAUACACAUGAUGUACAUUGGUUGUCGCACUAAAUAGCGCAUAAAAGUUGGAAAAAAAUUAAAAAUGCAUAAAUUGGCCAGUGGGCCAAGGCCCAGCUCUGUUAAGACUCAAAUAUCACGCAAUGAUAUAUUGGAUAAACUAAUUUUUACCUCGGAGCACUGUCAACACUUUUAUGUGGAUGAGGGAGCGUUGCAUUGUGCGAGCCCGCAGCAAGCAACCACCCUCUCUUCUCAGACUGUAUGGAAUCAAUGAGACGCAGUGAGGUGAACGUUAGCCACCACCCGAAUAAGGUGGCCACUAAUAGCAGCGUAGUUACGGAAAGCACUAAGCACAACAAGUUGGUAGGAAGCAGUAGUAGUACGCCGAUUUCAGCUGCUUCUAACUUAAACAAGAAACUGAAUACGUCUUCUCAUAAGCAACAUCAAUACCAAAAUAAUACGAAACACAACGCAAACAGAAAAGUGGCAAGUUCAAGAAACCUUGGCCCAACAAAAUCAAAUUUACCCCAAUCAAGCGAAGGAGUUAGUGUCGGCGUUAAGGGUUGGAGUUUGCCUAAACCAGCAGGGAAACCCCUUCAUGUAAGUGCAACUAAAGAGGGCCCACUGUCGUCGGUGACAGCAUAUUGCUCAUCCUCCACUCCCAGCGAAGCCACGAAGGAUACGAACGCGAAUUUCGAGUACGAAGACGAAUGGGACAUUGGUGGCAUUCCAGAGUUGUUGGAUGAUCUAGACGCAGACAUUGAAAAAUCAUCUACUGCAGCUCAAAAUUUAUCGAAAGUACAGAACAGUUCUGGUGGUGGCAAAAGUGAAUUUGAAGCAAUCACAAGUACCCUUAAAUCAGCAACUAAAUCCACAACGUCGAAUAAAGCAAAUAUCGCCCACCCCGACAACCUUUUGCAAAAACCCUCACCAUCGUCAAUUGGCAAGUUGCUGCCCUCGCCAUUGUCAAGAUCGUUGACUGCAUCGGUGUCGUCGUUUCCAGCGAGCUCGAAUGAAAAAUUUGCACUAUCAACUAAAUGUUCGCAAACAGUUCCACUAUCCAGAAACACAAACAAAUAUGUGGGUGGCAUCGUAGUCGAUAAGUCGAUAAAUAAUUCAGCGACAUUAUCCAAUAUUGGUAGAAAGUAUCCACAACAGCCUAGCGAACAUAAAAAUCAACAACAAAUUCAAAUAUCAAAUUUUGAAGAACAAUCUGUGAAUAGCGGUCCCACCAGUAAAGUUGCUUCUGCGCCGACCAAAUCACCCUCGUCACUAUCACCAUCGUUAUCAUCAUCUUCAUCUGCAUCUGCAUCUGCACUUACCGCACCAUUUAGCUGUAAUAGCGAAAGCGGCCAGAAGAGUAAUACAUUAACACUAUCCACCUUUGCUGGGUUUUCAAAAGGAGGUAAUCUCGUCUCGUCAUUUACAAAGUCUCUCAUACCCUCAGGCGCAUCCGCUGGUUCCUCAAAUCUUACCACCGCAUUAGAAACCGAUUCGCUAUCGAAUUUAUCAAAUCAAUCCGCAAGCGGCAUGUCAUCCCAAUCCAGUGGAAGCAGCAGUAAUAACAGUAGUGUGGGCGGUGGAGCCGGGGGAGGUCAAGGUGGCUCCCAAGGUAUUGGUGGAGGCUCUGGUGGUGGGAAAUCGAAUGCGAAAAUGUCCAUUGAUCAUCAGGCGACGCUAGACAAGGGACUUAAAAUGAAAAUUAAACGGACUAAGCCUGGAACCAAGACUUCCGAAGCAAAGCAUGAAAUUGUUAAAGCUACAGAACAACAACAGCAGCAACAGAAUGGUUCUUUAGGCGUUAAUAAUUCUAGUAACUUAGAUGAGAAUAGUGGACUCAAUACUACCUCGCAUUCAUCCUCGUCAUCAGGUGGCGCGAGUGGCUCAGGUGGAUCCAAUCAAAAUACGGGAAGUAGCGCUGGCGGCUCAGGAUCAAAUGUAACCAGCAUAAGCGGCAGCAAUAAAAAACAUCUUAGCAAUAUUUCCAGUAGUAGUAGUGGUAGCCAAGGAAAUAGUCACAAUAGUAUAAACAGUAAUAGCCCGGCCUCUGGAGGUGGGUCCACCGGUACCGGGAGUAGCGGUCAAGUAACUCCUCAGAGUAACAAGCGUGGUAGCUCAGGUCACAGACGAGAAAAAGCUAAAGAAAAAACUACACAUUCCAAUCGUCUCACAGCAGAGAAGAAUGCUUCUGCUGCUUCUGAAAAAGAAGGCUUGCCUGGUCAUAGCGACAAGGGCAUGACAUGCCAUUGCAUCAUUGAUGCCACUAGCGGGAGUGCGACUGGUGCUUGCAGUAGCCAUGCAUGCUCUCGUCGUUCGGAGAGUGCAACCAAUUCAUCCAUUACAGUUUUGACACAGCAGCGCAUAUGCAACACGACUGGAAAUAGCAAUUCUACAUCUGGAUCUGUGCCACCAGGUGUAUUCACGCCAUCGCUUGGCUCACCCGCCGGUGUGGUGACAACAGCUGCAGCAACAGCAGCAUCUUUGCUCGCAGCCACAUCUGUAGCAUCGGCAACUGCACCACAGGCAAUUGGCAGCAACAGCGCGCCAAACGCGCCUGGUCCACCGGGCAAGGACUCGACUAAUUGUGGUAACAUCAAAAUCUCUUCACAUAUUGCAGCGCAAUUGGCUGCAGCAGCGGCUUCGACUUCUUUUAGCAAUAGUGUACCAAACACGCAUGCAAACAGCUUGAGCGGAAGCGGCGAGAGUAAGUCAAGCACUUCAAUGGUUCCUGUUGCGCAAGCAAAACAUAUGGCUCCAGGUGUGAUCUCAGCGACCGUGCACCACACAAUUUCAGUUCCCGCGAACUCUUCCACUAGUACAACAACGGCAUCAUCUAGUAAUAGUAGCACAUCUAACAAUAAUUUAGUAGCUGAAGAUGGUAUAAAAUCUCCUCCCGCCAAGCGGGCAAAACAUGGCAACACUGACACUUCCCAUGCACCUGGUACUUCAACCAAGGAAAUGGUUGACAUCUGUAUUGGCACCUCAGUCGGAACUAUCACAGAACCAGAUUGCUUGGGUCCUUGUGAACCGGGAACUUCCGUAACGCUUGAGGGAAUCGUUUGGCACGAAACCGAAGGCGGCGUCCUAGUUGUGAAUGUUACUUGGCGCGGCAAGACUUAUGUCGGAACUUUGCUUGACUGCACACGACACGAUUGGGCUCCACCCAGAUUCUGUGAUUCGCCAACUGAAGAACUAGAUUCUCGAACUCCGAAAGGUCGUGGAAAACGCGGAAGGAGUGCUGCGCUUACACCGGAUUUAAGUAAUUUUACCGAAACUAGAAGUUCUAUAUAUUUCUCCCACGCGCAGGUGCAUUCAAAAUUGAGGAAUGGUACAACGAAAGGUGGUCGUGGUGCUUCGCGAACUGCGAUUAGUGCCACAAGUACUGCAAAUACUACAACAAUAACCAGUAGCUCAUCAUCUGGUAACGGUGGGGGAGCUACACCCAGUACAUCACCAACAGCAUUUUUACCUCCACGUUCUGAGAAGCGGAAAUCAAAAGAUGAGUCGCCGUCGCCUAUUAACGGCGAUUCUGAAUGUCCUACUAAUGUAGCGAACGCCAGUGGUAUUCCGAUCUCUGCAAGUGGCGGUGGCCUAGCUACGCAGCCCCAAAGUCUCGUCAACCCCGUGACUGGUCUUAAUGUACAAAUAAGCACGAAGAAAUGUAAGACUGCAUCGCCGUGCGCCAUUUCGCCGGUACUACUCGAGUGUCCGGAACAAGAUUGCAGCAAGAAGUAUAAACAUGCAAACGGACUUCGUUACCAUCAAUCCCAUGCCCAUGGUAGUGCUUGUUCCAUGGAUGAAGAUUCUCUGCAAUUGCCGGAGGAGCCACCCACACCGACUUCGUCACCGGUGCCUCCUUCACAAAACACAAGAACAGUAACACCAACCCCUGCAGAAGGCUCGGUAUUGCCAGCUGGAGUUGUAGCGAUACCAUCACCAGAAACUCCUCCUAUAAGCACAUCAACAAUACCAGCAUCCACUACCGAACCACCAUCCCAACCUACCGCGGCUCUGUCAACAUCAUCUCAAUCCGCGACACAAACCACAAACCUUGAAGCUAGCAUUGAGUCUGAAACUUUAGUGGGAAUCGCUGCGGCUGCGACCUCCUCAGCUACUAAUUCCGCCAUUUCUUCUUCGAUUUUGAACUCCUCUGUUCCGGUGACUGCUCCUGCUUCUGCCAGUUCGACCAGCGCGGCAAUGGGUGGCAUACUAACAGCAUCAGUCACACAGCCACAACCACUUAUGCCACAAUCACAGCAGUCACAUCCAGUGGCGGGCGGUAGCAUUACCGCUGGUAUUUCGGGGCAGGUACUCUCUCAACAGCAGCAGCAGCAGCAGCAGCAAUCUGUUGGAAUGCCAAAUGCAAGUAAUAUACCCGUAUUACUCUCCGAGCAGACACAGACAUCGACUCUUCCUCAGCAAGUUGGUCCUAAACCUGGUGUGCUGAGGUUCGGUCCUCAAAGCGAUAGCCCCAAUCCAGGAGCUGCAUCGUCAAUUUUAGCUCUCCAACAACAUGCCACGCCAGGCACAUCUCCGCAGGUAAACCCUUUAGCAGGACAAAGCCCGCAACGAGCACCCAUGCAGUUAAAUGCAAACUCAGAGAGUUUGCCACAGCCACAUCAGUCGUCAAUAAGUUCUUACUCCGGUUCAUCGGCUUCAUCAGGACAAAAUUUACAAGGCAUUUCAUUGUCAACAAAAAACGCACCGGGUUUUGUAGCGGUAAAACAAAAAAAAUGUCGAAAAUCUCCCGGUCCUGUGGAAUAUGAUGGCGCUGUUACCAGGGACAACGUUCAAAGUCCUGCAUACAGUGACAUUUCAGAUGACUCAACACCAGUUGGAGAACAGGAUAUCUUAGAUAAGUCACAUCCUAAGCAUUUAGAUCUACCAACCAAAAAGCCCUCUGAUCUUGGUGCUGUGGGUAUCGGAAGUGGAUCGCAAGCGAUUCCACCAUUGGGUGGAUAUGGAAUGUAUCAAUUUUAUCAGCAGCAGCAAUAUUUGGUGCCCCCUCCUUCUUCCGAUCAGCAACCUUCGCAGAAUCCUAAGCAAGGAUUGCUGCCUUCCACUCUCGUACAGGCACCAUUAACGCUUCCCUCUUCGCAGUCCCAACAACAAAGCUCGAUGCAAUCAUCGCUUCUUAUGCAGCAGCAGCAGCAGCAGCAACAACAACACCAACAACAGCAACAGCAAUCGCCUUUAUUGGCAGACUAUAACAAAAGCAAAGAUCCGCCGUUAGACUUGAUUUCAAAGUCAUCGCAGCAACAACAACAAGUUGUUGGACAUCAACCACAAAUGCAGAGCCAAGAUGGUGCUGGCAAUCAAAAAGACAACAACACUUCGGGCCAACCCCCACAGGCAUCAGCAAAUUUGGGCAACGUUGGGCCACCGAAUAAUGGCUUGCCACCAGGCAUGGCAGCUAUGCAAUCGUUAGGAUCAUCAGGCGUUGGACCAGGCAGCUUGCCAACACCGUCGCCUGCCAAACCGUUAUCCCACUUUUACCCCUUUAAUUACAUGGCCCCAGGUUAUCCUUACAAUGUAGAACCCAACUAUGGGCCUGUGUCAAUAGUGGCGUCCGAUGACACCGUAAAAUUGGGAAACCAUGGAAAUUUACCAAGUUCACAACCACAAAACACCGGUCCUCCGCAUUCGAGUGCGAGCGUCGUUAAAGAUGAGCGUUUAAAGGAAAGUCCCAGUCCCCAUGAAUGUUCUAAACAAAUGCCUCAGCAGCAACAAUUGGUUUCGUCAAAACUCAUCAAAAGCGAACCAAUGGCAAAGCAGGAGAUAAAGCAAGAACACAAUUCUAAUGCUCAAUCUCAACAGCAACAGCAGCAACAACAACAACCGCCCCAGCAACAACAACAACAACAACCCCAGCAACCGCACGCAUUGCAUCCGAAAGACUUACAAGGAUUGGGAACAUAUCCAAAUAUAUAUCAACGGCAUCCAAUGUCUUUAGCCGCCCAACAGCACUUAUCUCGCGAGGAAGAAUUAAGAAGAUAUUACAUUCUUUCAGACGAACAGCGACGACAAAAUGCCGUUGCCGCUUUACGAGCAGUUCAAGCGCAGAAUCCUUCCAACAGCGGGCCACCUGGAUCUCUGCAAAAUCAAGUGCUGACGCAACAUAAGGAAGAUACCACCUCUUCAGCACAGCACCAACAACAGAUGGCAAUGGUGCAACAACAGCAGCAACAUCAACAGUCUCAAAAAUCGAAAUCGCAGUCUUGCUCCACCAGUUCUAAUGUGAAUGCAGGUAGUGGCAAAGCAACAAAUUUGACGAAAGAGGUGUCUAAGCAAAAACAAGAAGAAGACGUGAAAAUCAAACAGGAGGGACAGAAACCAACAAUGGAAACUCAAGGACCACCACCCCCACCCACAUCACAAUACUUUCUACAUCCUUCCUAUAUUGCGCCAGCACCCUUUAGCUUCGAUCCGAAUCAUCCCAUGUACCGCAAUGUAUUAAUGUCAGCAGCUGGGCCCUACAAUACAGCGCCCUACCACCUGCCCAUACCUAGAUAUCAUGCGCCUGAGGAUUUGUCACGAAACACCGGAACAAAAGCGUUGGACGCACUUCACCAUGCUGCCAGUCAAUAUUACACCACACACAAAAUACACGAAUUAAGUGAGCGUGCAUUGAAAUCGCCCACAAGCGGUAGCAAUAGUGGCCUUGGGGGUGCGGUCAAAGUCAGCGUAUCUAGUCCAAACGUGGGCAUACAGCAACAGCAGCAGCAGCAGGCCAUGAAUUCCGGCGGUGUAACUGGCCCGGGCAGUGGCCCAAAUGCCGGACAAAACGCGCCCAAUAGCGGUAGCCACUUAUCUGGCGCAAAUCAGUCUUCUGGUGGCAGCGGAAUUCCACUAAAUCUACAGCCUCCGCCGACUGGAAUGAGUGGUCCUACAAAUAAAUCUGAUGUACUAAACCAAAAGGUGUUGAGUGGUCCAGGAAGUCAGGGCGGCAAUUUAACAGGAGGCCCUCUUAGUAUCGACUCACAUAAGCAACAGAGUGGCACAAGUGGACCGAACAGCGGCGGUAAUAUCGGCGGUGGUGGCGCUCCUGGGCCAAAUGGCGCCACCACAGAUUCACGCAGCCCACCGCCGCAGCGGCAUGUACACACCCACCACCACACUCACGUCGGCCUGGGGUACCCGAUGUACACAGCACCCUAUGGUGCUGCAGUAUUGGCAAGUCAGCAAGCUGCUGCCGUAGCUGUGAUAAACCCUUUCCCUCCUGGACCAACCAAAUGAGAAACACAGAAUGAGAAGAAUUCAUACAACAUGAAAACAUAAUGAAUUUAUGUUCAGAAAAUCGCAAACCUAUUGCAAGUGAAUUCAUGGAAUUUAUCUUAUAACAAUUAUUUACUGUAAGAUAAGUCCAACAUGAAUCAAAAUUACCGAAAUAUUAAUCACUGCGAACGCGAGAAGCAAAGAAACCCAACUAACAUGGUAGUAUAGAAUUGUAUUUUAAGCAUUUAAGGAACCUGCGAAUUAACAUUAUCGGCAUGCGUUUGAGAUGUAUUGUAGUGAUUGUCUGAUUAAUUACUUAUAUAGCCUUCAGCUGGAAGGAAGGAAUGUGUUUAUGCUACAGCUGUUGGAACAACAACAACAAUGUAUUUAUAACAGUACAAGAAGGUCCAGUAGACAACAGGCAAGUAGUGAUAAUCGGCAGGGGCAGGGGCAGGGUGGGGCGCAAGGUGUGAAUUCGUUAACUAAUUUAAAACAGUUUAAUGGCAUAGGUUGCAUUAUCAAUUGAAAUUGAAGAAUGCUGCUCUUAAGUAACUAAUAGUAUCAUAAAAUCUAAUUGCAAUUAAAAGAGUUAGUAUGAAAAUCAGAGAUCACAAAUAACAGUUAACCCCCGUGAAAAAUGCUUUUUACAGUGCGAUGCGCAUUCUUUUAUUUUACAGUUGACAACUGGCAUUUAUUUUCGCAAUUGCAAUUUUAUCUCUCGCCUGGUAAGAUUUAAAAAUGCGAUACAUUUUCAGUGGUCACGUUUUAAUUAUUUACAAAGGCAAAUAAAUUUCGGUUGUGCAAUAUGGCCGACAUUGUGGACUAAUAUUCGCCCUUUCGAUGAUUUACUUACUAUUUUGUGCAAAAAUUCCGACUCAUUUUGCUGGUUCUUUAUUAAGUGAAAGUAAAUGUAUUGAUUUAAAUUAAAUGCUUCUGAACUAUUCGAGUUUUCUCGAGACCUCAAGAGUUUAUCGGGCCCGCUCAGGAUUUUUGGGAACUUUUCAGGCUUACGGGUUUUUUCGUUAUUUUUGGAAACCUUUUCCGGAUGCUUUAUUUUUCAUGCUGUUGACUGUGUAAAUGCAGUUCCAAAAGAAACCCAUUCCCAAUACCUUUUUAGUGCCAAGAUGAUUUCAAGGAUUGAAGGAGGAACACGCUACACACACAAAAUACACAAAUUUCCCAAAUAUUUCAAUUUGAUGUUCGACAAAACAAACCAUUCGCCAACGGUAAUAGAAAAUCAUUGUCCUCACCAAGUCGUGCGAAUGGAAAAAAUUCUUUCGACGCGCGAAGAAUUUUGUGAAUACUUGAACGUGAUAAGUGUUAUUUGCGAACUCUGAUAAAAAUACAUAUUUACUACCUAUAUAAAAUGAUGCAAAUUUGCGAUAAAUCUCUGAAAUCAAGAAGUUUGAUAAUUAGAUAUAAAUAUUAACAAAAAACAUGAAACAUAUACCUAUAUACAUAUAAAAAAAAAUCUAGAACAAUGUAAUUUAAUUAUUUCACAGUUAUCGAUAUAACUUUUAAAAUAAGCCAACGCAUAUGGGCAUUCCUUUAGAUAUCAAAUUAAUCCUGCUCAACCGGAAGAUGGAUUUAAACGAAAACAGAAACGAAAUACGCGCAUUUGUUGAGCAGAACCCCAAGGCGGCUAAAGUCAAUUUAUUUUUUUUUUAAAGAAAAGUUUUACACUGCUUGCGUUUACACCAUCUUCACCUCUCGCAAAUAAAAAAAAAAUAAAUUGGAACCUAAGUGUUUGUUUUUUUGAAUUCCGCCCAUCGAAUCCUCGAAUACAAAAAACUGCAAAACUUUUUGACGCCAUCUUAACUUUUUUGUCCCGAUUGAUUUGCGAUGUAUUUCAUGUUGCAUUUGGUUUGAAUUGAUUCUUAUUGCUUUUUUGCCACUACACAAAAAGAAGCUAUAUUUGAAUUUGUAUUAUCUACUUACGUAUGUAGUCAAGUGUGUAGCUAAGGGUUUGCAAAUCAUAUUUUCGCUUAGCGAUGGAAACAUCCUCAAUUAUGCGAUCACUGAAUACAAAAACACCCAAAUAUUUGACUAAAAGUACUCAUAGCUGUAUAUUAAUACUGAUAUAGGAUAUACAUACAUAUUAGAGAAAACCUUUACUCGUUUUAGAGCUUAUACAUAAAUUGAUAUGCGAUAGUUUAGAUUUACCUGUGUAUGUAUACAUAUGUACAUAUAUAUGUAUGUGUAGCUGCUCUAUAUUUUGUAUUUUAUAUUUUAUUUAAUUUUUUGGCAUAAAUGUUAUUUCAAAAACCCUGUGUAUUAUAAAUACUAACUAAGAGAGAUGCUACACAACGGGGCAAGAGCAUAGGGCCUAUUUAAAAUCAUAAAAUUUAUUGAGAGUACAUAACAGUAACAUAAAUCAAUGUUUUCCAUAAAACAAAGGUUUACAUUGUUUUUGGUGCCUAACACCGGUCUUUCUCACCUGCUUUCAUUUACCAAAUGAAGUGUCAGUGAUUUUAAACAUUUUUGAAUUCUUUUUUUUUUAAUUGUAAUUAGUCUCCACAACACUCUCAUACCAAUGCUUAUAAAUGUAUAAUAUAUUACUAUAAGGACACAUUCUACAAUUUAGAAAUCUAACUCGAUUUGUGUAGUGAAUAAAUGUUAAGAUAAAAAUAUAUAUUCUACGGAAAUUAUCCGCAUAUUGUAUGAACAUACACAUAUGUCUAACUAAACAUGUAAGUUAUUGUGAAAGAGUUCAAGCACAUUUAUGGACCUAAAUUUUAAGCAUAAACAAUACCCUAAGAUUCGUUAUACAUGUUAAUCAAAGCGACGGACAGAAGAAAAGGGCUUCAAACGCUAAAGUAAUAUAGGAGUAUAGUUUUCAACAAAAAAAAAGAA